AUGUAGUCUGCUUAUGAAAUGUAAUAAUUUAAAUAACAAAAUAUACUUUUACAAGAUCUUACAUUUGGAAAUAGCUUUAAAGAGGUAUAAAAUUAAUAGUUCAAUUUAGUUUGAAAAUCAUGAUUUCUAUUUGUCAGCCAAUUCAAUGCUAAUAAAGACAAUCUAAGUUUAAAACCACAAAUAUGCAUAAUUUAUGGAAAUUUUAUAAUAUAGUGAGAAUAUAUAUUCUACAAUCUCAAUUUGUAUAUAUAACUAAAAACAGAAUGGAAAAUAAAUUUCUUAUUUAAAUAUAAAAUAAUAUUUUCUUUCUAUUUUUUCAUUAAAAUAAGUCUCAUUCAAAUAUAGAUUAAUAUUCAUUCAAAAUUGGUCAAUUUUUUAUUUUUUUAUUUUAUUUGAUUAAUUACCAAAAGAUAUUUCCACUUUUCUAUAACUAAACUUUUAUUGA